AUGUCACAAAAUACCAAAACAUACAAAGAUGCCUUCUCCUUAUUCGAUAAGAAAGGAACUGGUAAGGUGUCCUCUGACUCCCUUGGAGAUCUUUUAAGGGCAGUCGGACAAAACCCCACCCUGGCCGAGAUCUCCAACCUACAGGAACAAUAUUUGCCUAACAACGCAGAGUUGGAUUUCGACACAUACGUUAAGAUUAUUGACCGUCCGGAUGGGUUCAAGCCAUUAGGGCAACCAGAGGAUUAUAUUCGUGGUUUGCAGGUAUUUGACAAAAAUCUCACAGGAUUUAUUGGAGUGGGAGAGUUGAGAUACGUCUUGACAUCCAUUGGAGAGAAGCUGACCGACAGUGAAGUUGAUGAACUUUUGAAGGGUGUCAACGUGACGGAGGAAGGUAAUGUAGACUAUGUGGAGUUUGUCAAGUCUAUUUUGGCUCAGUAA